AUGAAGUCUCAAGUAUCAGUUAUAAAGGACCAGCGGUACUCAUUAUCGAUUGAAAAGGAUGAUAGAGAGACAUUUGUCAAAUUUACAGUAAUCCCCAGCUCCUAUGCAUUGAAAUCUGUGGUGAAUUUUUUACUACUAAUUGUGUUAAACAGUAUAGCUAUGAAAACCUGUCAUGAUAAGCUCGAAUUACCGUUUUACAAGGCUGUUAUGCUUCGACUGGCCAUAUUCGUAGUGACUUCGAUGUUUCUCAGAAAACCAACCAUUGAAUCCAUGACUGUAAUACGAAAUUACGGAGUCGAAGUAACCAAAGAGAAUGGGCUUGUGGUUUGCCCCAAUUCAUGGAUACAACCUUGGAUCCAAAGAUCAGAUUUUUUGGCAAGAGAUUUGAUUGUGGAUGUUAUAAUUAAUGAAGGCUUCGUGAAAAAUCAACAGGUAAUCUUUUACCUAGCGAUUCUCGUUAGAGAGGCCAAGAGAUUAACGCUUUUGUUUUCAGUAUGUGCAUUAUAA